UUUAUGUGAAAUGAAAACAGAUUUCUGUGUCGCAAGAUGUAUUUUUCUCACGUGAUGGAAAGUGAAGAGGUGACAGACUUUGUGCAGGAGACUCCAGUCAGUGGGAAGUAUUACGGGUGGCAGCUGCUCGUUGGUCAUCAGUGGCUGCCAAUAGAAAACGACCACGUCAUCGAGACCCACUACUGCCAACCUGGAGCCAAAGGGAUCACCAUCAACACAAACCACGGGCAGGUGUUCAUAGACUUUGAUCAGUUACAGACCACUGAUGCAGCUCUGAGGGUGCAGAGACUGAGCUUCCUGCCUCAGGGCCAGACGGAAGACAUCGGCUGGUACUUCAGAGACGACCAGCUGUGGCGUGAAUAUGGAACCCAGGUUUUUCAGGGUUCUGCCAUGUUGUCCUCAUCAAUCAGCAGCAGAGAUGUUGAACUUACGUUCAGUGUAAACCCUCAGGGAACCUUCAAUUUCACAGUGGGCUCUACGGGAUACUCACUUGACUUCUCUACCAUGACCCAAACAAACCUCAUCACUGGCUUGAGCAGGAACGUACGCAGACGUCCAAAACUACUCGCUUCCAACACAGAGAGCCUUCACUCCACACCGGUCCUGCCCACAGCCUCCUCCUCCUCCCAGCUCACUGAUGGAGGCUACAAGUGGGAGUUCAUGGGAAAUGAGGGAGUCUGGACAGAAUACCAAGCACAUAUAUGUUCCUUCGACAGCGCUGCUAUUGAGACACAAUACCAGCUGAACCCUCAGGGCCAGCUGCCCUUCAGGAUCAGCAUCCACUCGUAUACGCUGGAUUUUUCAACAAUGUGUCAAGUCAACAACCUUUUUGGGACCGCAAGGGCAGUGAGGAGGACUGUCAACUCUGGGAUUCAACAGAAGAGCAGUUCAGGCACGUCGCCACGAUGGCAGUUCCAAGAUAUCAGCGGGAUCUGGACAGAAUAUUCCAAAGGACUCAGUCAGUGCAACGUUUCCAGUCAGGACAUCGAGCUCCUGUACCAACAGAACCCAUCAGGCACCAUGUUAUUUACAACCAAGAAAUUCAGCUAUGAGCUGAACUUCUCAGCCAUGACUCAGAGGAACCUGUUGACAAACACCACCAGAUCAGUGAGGCGACUUGAUCAGUGACUGAGACCGAUUUGGAGGUCCUGGAUGAUCCUAUCAGUUGCUGCACAUCACUGCCUGCCUGCCUCAGGUCGUUUCUCAUGUCGGAAAGAGCCCGAACUGUUUCCACAAGCUGCCUCAACUCUGAUGUUUGAUGAUUGUACAGGACAGUUAUUUAAACAGUUCACAUAAAGUGUGAGGGAAUAAUCUUUCUGUCAACAGGGCUUGUCUAUAACGCACUUUGCCUUCAAAGGUUGAUGACGCUUUUUGUCCUUAAUUAAAAAAACAAAAUGUUUAACAAGGUAUUGUAUCUCACUUGCAUUGAGUUAUGUUUUCUUUUAUUAUGGUAGGAUUUAGGUUUAGUUUAGGCCAUGAAAUUACAUUAGGUUUAGUCCUUUAAUUUAAAAACAAAGAUCAUGUUUACCAGUGUUUAAUAGAACCCUGUCUUAUCCUGUGUUUUAGUAGAUCUUAACCUGUUGAUGAAAUCUGCCUUGUAUUUAAUGCAUUUUUAAAAUGUUUUUACUGUUUACAGCUUAAUAAAGUGCCUUUUUAUCCCCCGUUGACUUUGAUGUUUGAUGUAUUGCUGCCUAUUAAAUUGUGCAUGUAAAUA